AGAUAGAGGGAGACGCGUCUAGCUUGCUGGAGGAGUGAGAGCAUGUAAAUUGAAAGCAAAGCAAGCCAAAGAAAGACAAGACGAAAAGAAGAAAAUCAGAAAUUAAAUAAAUCAUGCCCUCGGCAGCUAAAUUCGGACGUCUGCUGGAGGAGCAGCACGGCGACGAUUUAGACGACUAUGGUCUAGAUGACUCGGACAAUCCUUUUGGAUCUCCCACUCCCCCGCCAGAAUCGUCUUCCAAAAAGCGAAAGGAGCCCGACUCUGGAUUGGGAAUUGAGGAGGAGGUUUCUGUUCAGAAACGAGUGAGAGUACCAAAUGUCAAGCUUGAUGAAGAAAGGUUGCUGGGUCCAGCUGGAAUCCCCAAACUGAGAAGGCGAGCUUUCGGCCUCAAACUAAAAGGAAAGGGCCACGAGUUCUCUGACGCCUCAAGACUCCUCUCCUUCUACCAGCUAUGGCUCGACGACCUCUUCCCCAAAGCCCGGUUCCUCGAUGCCCUCGCCAUGGUUGAAAAAGCCGGCCACAAAAAGGCCCUUGUGAGCGCGCGAAGCGAAUGGAUCAACGAAGGCCGUCCCAAGGCUGGCAACGACGACGACGACGAUGACGAGCUGGAUAUUGGAGCUGUAGCCAUUACCGAGGACUCGCAAGUAACGGAAGGCGGCAUUCCUGCGCAGAGGACGCAAAAGACUCCAGAAAGAGACGAUAUCCCUGAUGAUGAUGACUUAUACGGCGCUACACCCCGAGGACCAGCGCGAACGACAAACGCUCUUCGUCCUGCGCCGUCAAACGACGCCCCUGAUGACGACGAUUUGGAAGCUCUCAUGGCCGAAGCUGAAAGCAUGGAUAAUCGACAAACCCCCGCUGCCACGACGAAGCAAAAUAGCGCGUCUGGCGCGCAUCACCUAGACGAAGAAGACGAUUUAGACGCCCUCAUUGCAGAAGCAGAAGUGCAAGACCGCUCUGGCGGACAUUCUGUGGAGAAGAGCGGCGGCAAUACCACCUCCAAUGACAAGGGGCACGACUUUGCGGAUGAAGAGGAAGCCAUGCAGGAGAUGGAUGGAUUGUGGUAGACCUGGCUGACUGGCUAUGUCGGGUGAACGUGGACAAGUGCGUGCAAAGCGAAUUGGAAUUGGGCAGAUAUUUAUUCAGCUGGCGUUUUAGGGACAGGAUUUGUUUUGCAUUGGCGUUAAGAGGGUUGGAGACGAUAUGAUGAUCACUUGGGUAUAUAGCGAACAUAUGGAUCAACGAGCUCUGUACUCCCUG